AUGGAGAUGAGAACUUAUUACACAAAUUUGUUUGCUGAACAAAAUGAUUUUUCGUUUACUCUUGAUAACUUGGAUUUUCCUUGUUUGAAUGAUGUAGAGAAGGAGUUUUCAGAGGAGGAGGUCUAUGCAGUGAUCAAACACUUUGGUAUAAAUAAAUCAUCAGUUCCAGAUGGAUUCUCAAUGGAAUUUUAUAAAAAUUGUUGGCAUAUAAUCAAGAAGGAUUUCAUGAAGCUUAUGGAGGAGUUUUACAGGUAUGGGAGUCUGGAUUGGAGAUUAAAUUUCUCUUUUUUGUCUUUAAUUCCUAAAAAAGAAGAUUCUUGUGCACCAAAGGAUUUUAGACCUUUAAGUUUGUUAGGCGGUGCUUAUAAGAUUCUUUCUAAAGUACUUGCUAAUAGACUGAAGACUGUGAUGCCUAAACUGGAGAUGGAUUUCUUUAAUUUUUCAACUAAUGUAUCUGUUUUAGUUAAUGGGAGUUCAACUGAGAAAUUUAAACCCUCAAAAGGAUUGAGGCAAGUGGAGGAGAUGAGGAAGCUGCUUAUUAUCCUUAAUAUUUUUGAAAUGCUUACAAGGAUGAAGUUGAAUUUGGAGAAGAGUUCUUUGAUUAGUGUUGGUGCUGAUGAGAUAAUUCAAGAACUGGCCAUGGAGUUAGGGUAUAUAGCGGAACAACUUCCUAUAAAAUACUUGGGCUUUCCAUUAGGAGCUACUUCUAGAAAUGUCUCAAUUUGGGAGGAGGUGGUUCAGAGAAUGCAGGAAAAAUUGGCAACUUGGAAGAAGAAAUAUCUAAACAAAGCAGGGAGGCUGGUGCUGAUAAGGAGUUGUCUUGCAAGUCUACCCAUUUAA